GGACCGUUAGGCUGCUCGUCUACCUACCAUGUCAUUCGUCGUUUCUACGCAGCUGGUAAAUGCAAUGCUGGAUUUAAACAGCUGAUGAUGCAUACCGUAGUUGAAGAAACUUGCACGCGCGUCAAUUGCUUCAAAGUCCGGUGCGUCGAGUCUGGAAGAAUUAUAAGCCUGCAGUCGUUUUUCCGUAAUUAAAUCGCAUCGCAUACGCAGGUUUGAUAAGCACCUUACACCUUGAACGUCACCGUCAGCACCGUGAAGAGCCUUUGCAUUUUACUGUUGGAGAAUAAUGAAACGGUGUUUAAAUAAUGCAAUAAUCCUGUCAAUCGAUACAGAGGUGAACAAGAAUAGAACGCGAGAUAAUCUUUGGAAACCUUCGAGUUAUCUGCAUUCGGUGAACCCUGGCAAAGAGAAGCGCGGCUCAGUGAUACACGGUUUGUUCGAGAAGUGAAUAAUUCUGAAACCACCUUUCGAAAAUCUCGCGAGCAUGCCGAAGGAUGAGUGGCACACGCUGCACAACUAAUAGUCUCCAUAAGACACCGUUACCAAUUUACCGCAAUAAUGAUCAUCCGUAAUCACCGUUGGUAGUUGUAAUUUGGACGGUGUUCACGACCAGUGAGACCCAUUCCUUCACUGGCUGGAAUAUCGAGCCUCGUAUCGUUGAGAAGUUCGUGAUCAAGAGGACUGAUAGUAAGCAGAGACGUUGAUGGUGUCAUUUCUUCUUAUUAUCCUGACUUUUUUUCCUCGUCGUAUUGUCCGAAUCCCGGGGAUGAUGGGACAAAACGAAAUUUUAUCGACAGUGAAAAGCACGUGUGUACUCAAAGUCAUACUGACCGUGUUUUACCUCGUACUGUUCGUCCGCACUCUCCUAAAGCUCGUCAAUUAUUGCUGAAGCAGUUUCUCGAUGGCCGAUAAGAGUCUCGCAUGGAUGAAACAAGAAGUAAAAAUAUAAAUCAAAUUCAGGGGGAUGGCAGUGAUCUACCGGAAGUUCGGAAGGAAAAGAGGGUUAUCGACUGUUCUGCACUUCGUCAUGGCCACGGCCUCGUUCAACCUCCUAGAUUUUCUAGGUUUCCGCUUCUUCUUUUACACCGCGGUUGGAUUUUUCCUAUCGAUUUCCGUCGCAAUACCAAUCCUAGUUUACUAUCCUUUUUCAAAAUGGUCGAAGAAGGGCUGGCUACGGUUUGUCAAGUGGAGAUAUCCGAACUGGACAAUCGUCGAGGAAGUAUCCGUAAGAGGAACUCUGGACCAGGGAAGAAAUCAGGGUAUUUACACGCUGCUGGUACAAGGAAAGUCGAUCACAGAUGGAGUUAGAAGCCACCUUCUGCAGCUGACGUCAACGAGGCCCAUGUUGCGAUCGGUUUUGCGAAAAAUGUGGGGAUUUUACGCUUGGAGACAAGUCGACGAGUUCCGGGUCGAGAAUCACUUGGUAAAUGCGUCGUGUUCGUUCAAAGGUAGACCGAUCACGGAGUCCAAUUUACAGAAGUUCGUCAGCGACGUGACGUCGAGGUUUCUCUCGCCGAAUUUCUCACCCUGGCAAGUGUUCGUCGCGACGUGUUUCCUGAACGGCGAAGAGACGAAGGUGUGUAUCGUGAGAGUUCACCAUCUGAUACUGAGACGCGAGCACCUGACCCUGGCCGAUUUUUUGCCGCUGAAAUACUCGGCGGAAAAUUGGGAGUACCAAGAGAGCGAUUCUCCCCUGACGAAUCUCUAUUCCGAGCCAUCAGCCCUGCCACGUUUGCACCAAAUGCUCACUGAGAGUUUCAGCAACUACUGGAACGAGUUUCUAUGCAACAACGACCCGGCCGAGAAUCCGGCGAUAUUGAAGAAGUCGAUCGGCGGCUUCCAAUGUUUGAAAAUCGGGGUGAUAGUCUGGGUGUCAACGGUCAAGGAGGUCACCAGGUGCUACAAGAAGGUCGAAGGCUUCCGUUUCAUCGAGAUCCUCGCCAUCAUGCGACGAGAAGCCUCGAAGAGGAACUUUCGGGCCUCGGUAAUCUUCUGGGCUUUCGUGAACAUCGUAAAUCCGGUGGAAAUCUUCUACUCGAGUAUCCACUGGAUGUGGUAUAUAUGCGUGACUCUGAUCCUGAAGACGCCGAUCCUCCUGAUCCGCGAAUUGAACGCCCUCCGUUCGUCGCAAAAGCACUUUCACCCCGACACCCUGACAUCGGUAUUGGCCUGCUACUUGCCCCUGGUGUUCCAGACGAUCGCUGAGCUCACAUCCAUAGCCGCGAUCGUGAUAACGGCUCCGAAAUUGAUCCUGGAAGAGCUCUUCUUCAAGUCCUCAGAGACGAAUCACUUGCAGACGAUAUCACUGUGCGGUAGAAAAAUCGUCGCGUGGUCCGAAGAGGUUGAGAUCGAAACGAUCAGCCGAAUAUCCAGCGUAACCGGAGCAUCCGAGGCCGAGAUUUUGCUCGCUGCAACCGCGGCUUCCUUCAAGGAGUACUUCAAGCAGUCGGGACUACAAACACCGUCUGAAAUUCUCGUCACAGCAAAAUUCGUCAGCCAGCGAGCUCUCUUCCUCAGGAAUCAGGAGACCAGAGGUGUUCUAUGCCUCGGACUUCCCACCAAGACUCCUCUUCUCGAUGACAAUCCGCUCGAGACAUUGCAGGUAAUUCAAGAGAACGUCCACAAGGCGAGGUCCAAACAAAAAGCCACCUACGCCAUUUCAGCCGCCGAAUCGUCGACCGGUUUGGUCUCAUCUUACGUACCCUCGAUCCUCCUUAAACUAGCUCUUCUUUACCUUACGAGGAGGUACUCUCUCUCCUUGACCCAUGUGGACGGCGAUCUUCCCGUCGAGGGCGUUGAUGCCGCCAUGUAUUGGCGACCUCCUCAAGGAUACUGCAGCAUGUCAGUUACGCUGCACAGACACGGCGAGGGGGUUCGACUAGGAGUUAUUGGCGACGCGAUGAUCGGGCCGCACCAUUUCCUCAUCACAAAGGCCUUCCGGAGGAGUGUCCAAGAGUUGGCAGUCACUGUUGGAGUCCCCAGGACACCGAGCAGGAGUCGAAGUCCAAGUCCAGCCAGCCCGCUGGGAUCGGCGAGUCCAACCACUUCUCCGGGGUAUUAAGUCGAAAAGUGAUCAAUGAGGAAUUGGAAUGAGGAUAACCGACUCUGAGUGACGGAUCAAAGAAGUGUUCAAGCGAUCCCUGCACCGUCGAUAUAAGACCUUGCUCCCGUAGGUUGAUCCUUCCAUUUCCGAAUUUAAAAUCGGUACUGAGCCAAGGCUGUGAGUUAUAACGUAAAGCGAAUUAUGCACCUCAUUUUGCCAAACAAAGUUUUAAGCUGCACCACUUUUUUCUUAAACAACCAGUAGAUAGGAUGAGGUUUAAAAUGUGUUUUUUAGACGGUUGAUAUUGUUGCAUAGGUAUGUGAAUUAAGUUCACUGAAUACUGCACGAUAGUAGCUACGUUAAUUUUGCGAGUAGAAGAAUGGAUCGCGAAAAACAAUCGGUUUUUAUACGUUACUAUAAUCGCGUAAGUUUUAUACCUUUAUAGUACAAUAAUUGGGAUUAUACAAUUCAUUUCAAUGAGUAUACCUAUAAGAGAAAUUAUGAACUCUGCAUUUGCCGUUGGUCAAGAAUCGUUAUGAA